AUGAGCGGCAAGAGCGGGGAGGACGCCGGACAGCUGGCCCCGGGGCCGCGGCCGCCGCCGUUGGAGUGGAAAUUUUCUCAAGUGUUCGGCGAACGGACGGCGGGAGAGGAGGUCCAGGAAGGUACGCCCUUUUUCGCCUUAUGCCGCUAUUUGGUGGCAGUAUCUGUCGCUAUCUGGUCUGCUGUAAUUUUUUCAUCGUUUCCUCAUAUUGCUGUCCUCUCUUCUCAAGAUUCCUCAGGAGCGUAGGUUGCAUUCCCCUCUUCGUUCGAAUUUUCUUUUGGGAUAUUCGUCGGAUUUUGAUCACGUUUUAUGAGUUUGCUUGCUUAACUCUUUGGACAGCGGGUAUAUUUGGUGCAGAAUUUCAUCCCAUUGAUAGCCGGGUAAUUUUUGAAAUAUAUAUAUAUAUAUCUCUGAAGGGAGCCGUACAUCUGUUGUGUGCUGAAAUAUUGUAGCCUCAGUUGCUGGGAUCUUUAUUUUCCUUCUCCCAUCCCGAUAAAUAGGUCAAUCAAGUGGAGCUCUAAUUCUCGAUCGUCACCAAAGCAAGCAUGAUUUAGUAUUUACCUUUCACUGUCAAAAAUAUGUGCGAGUUUAUCUUAGUAGUAUGACUGUUCAGUCUGUACUAAGACUAUGAAAUGCGAUUUUUCAAGAAUUAAACCAUUCAUACAGAAGUAUUUCAGGACAUAAUUGCCUCCAUCCUCAUUCUUCCUGCUUCCACCCCAAAUGAUUUUUUUUUUGGUUUGGCAGUAUAUUCCAUGUACAGCGUAGAUGUGCAUCUCUUUUCAACGUAUCAUAUCAUCUGUAUUUUGUGUCUCUAAAGUUUAAGCUGAAUUUAUCUAACUUAGUUUAUAUUCAAUAAAUGAGACGAGUAAUAAAUGAGGCAAAAUUCAAGCAGAUGUUCUCAAAAAAAUGUGCUCACCCCAGAGUAAUCUCGGUCAAGUCUCUCAAGCCUUGUAUCCUUAAAAUAUUGGACGGGAAUCUUUCAUAGAAAUUUCUCUUUUGGGUAUUUUCCAACUGCUCAUUUUACACCUAGGCAGGUUUUAGUUUGGAUGAAGAAGUUCAAAUGAGAACUCAUUAACCAAAGGAAUCUUAUGUUAUUUUGCCCAUCUCAAAUUGCCAGUCUCCUUUAAAGAUUAAUGAAAUCUAACAAAAUCAGUAGUAACUUUUACGUCCAUAAUUUAGGACAUUUUUGAUUCAUUAUGCUAAUUUCACUUAUAGGAGCAGUGUAUUGAGUUUUUCUGUACAAAUCUUGUCUUAUGACAUAAGUAACUCCAUAUCACCGUGUAAUAAUUGAGCAUAAACUGUCCUGUUACAGCUCAGUUAGCUUCUUCUUUUUUUACCAUUUUAGCUCCUUUUUAUCAUUUAGUAUUAGAACCCCGUUUGGGUGCUCUAACACUUGACAUUAGCUGCUCUAAUAUAGAUUGCCAAAUUCCUGUUUUCUUACUGACUAUCUUUGUUGCUUGCCGCCUCCUGCAGUUGACAUCAUCUCUGCAAUUGAAUUUGACAAAUCUGGUGGUCAUCUUGCUACUGGUGACCGAGGAGGCCGUGUUGUUCUGUUUGAAAGAACAGAUAUCAGAGAUGUAUGUCUAGCUGCUAGUAACUUUUUUCUCUUACUUUAAUGUCUUCUGUACCUUGUUUGUCACGCUUUCACUAUUUUCAGUUCCCUUAUACCUUUUUAAUCUCUUCAUGCUAUUACAUCUCCUGAAUAAUUGAUGAUGUAAUUUGCAGCAAAGCGGUCAAAGAUCUCUAGAAAGGUUAGAUUAUCCAGUUAGGCAUCCUGAAUUUCGCUACAAAACUGAGUUCCAAAGCCAUGAACCAGAGGUACUUAUCAUUUGUAUUGUUUGUGAUCAAAGUGUCGACUAUUCAUUCCUUUAUACAAUUUUGACUGACCACGCUCUCUCUCUCUCUCUCACACACACACACACACACACACACAGUUUGACUAUCUCAAAAGUUUGGAGAUAGAAGAGAAGAUAAACAAGAUUCGCUGGUGCCAAACAGCUAAUGGCGCCCUGUUUAUUUUAUCAACUAAUGACAAAACGAUAAAACUAUGGAAGGUAUCUCCUGUUCAUUAAGCAAGUAUACUAAUCUCCUUUGGAAUCAGUGAAUCUGCGGACAAUAUUCCUUAUCUUUCAUAGAUGUACACACAUGAAUUUGCUGGGCAUGGUGACUAUGUUUCUUAUGUUGUUUCACGUGAUGCCUACUAUGAUGCUAGUUGGAGGCCAUAAGGUGAAUGUGUUCACGUUUUGCUAUUUAUCUACGAAUUUCGUCUGAGUUUCUAUUGCAUCACUCUUUUUGUAUUUGGUAACUUUUGUUUGAAGAUGACAUAGUCUUGUUUGAUAGAAUAUGUGUCAGGCUUUUAAUGAUCUUUCUUGUUGCAAGGAUUUAUUUCUUGUUGUUUCCAUUGGGUUCAGAGAGAAAAGCGUUUUUUCAACGAUAAUACAUCUUCGAGAGGUAAUGUCGGGGGUCUAAGGUAGACUGAUAUGAUAUGUUACGGUGGAGGAGUGGUUGCAUUUUUUUUUGCAUUUUAAUGAGUAUCCUCUACUAUUUUUACAUGAGUCUAGGAAUUGUCUUUUACUAGAUUUUGAUGUGUUAUAUUAAUAUUUAUGCAUGUUAAAAACGUAUACAAGGAUUUAUUCUAUUUAUUUAUGUGGAUUCAUCAAAUUUCAGGGUAAGAUUUAAGAGUUGUUUGCAUAAUAUUAUGUGAAUUAAUUUUAACAUAUAUUAAUGCGUACACCCUUAUUAUGCAUAUUUUGGGAAACUAUGCCGAUUUUCUUGAUCAUCAUCCCUACUUUUCUUCACCUGUUUUGAGCUGAUUUCGACGUUCAAACAAUGAGCAGCAUCCAUAUUUGCAAAUAAAAUGCUCUUUAUUUUGAUCCUAUUUUUGGUUUUUUUCCUGUUCAGGUUCAAGAAAAGAAAGUGAAAAGAAUUUCAGAAAUGAAUUUGAAUGUAUCACAAGGUUUAGGAAAUGGUAGCAUUGCGAGUUCAAGUACAGCUAGUUCAAAGGCAUUUCUUCCAAAUGGCACUUACUCAGAAAGUCGCUACAAUUAUCUGACCAAGGAUUUCUCAUUUCCUCCUGGAGGAUUUCCUUCACUCCGUUUACCUGUGGUAGUUGUAUUCAACAUAUUCCUUAUAUUUUAUAAUGUUUCAGAUAGCGUAUGCUGUUUUCUGUAGAGUGGAGUAUCUUGUUCCUGACCAUUAUGGAAUUUCUACAUGUUGUGUUGAAUUCUAAAAUCCACUUGCGGGUUUUUUGGCUAGAGUAUCAAUCAAACUUGCAAACCUGAAAACAGGUGCAGGCUUCAUGAAACUUGGUUGCUUCUUGUAUAUAUAUCAUAUGACUGGGAAACAUAGAGUGUCAGGAUACUUUGAUUCAAAAUGCCAGAACUUUCUGUAAACAACUUACUUGCUUAGCAUUUCGUUUCAGUGUUUAGAUGUGUAUGAAACCUUCGUAUUUGUUGAUAGGCUAUGUAAUUUAAGGGUGAACUUUCUCGUCUUUGUGCUCUUAAACAUAAAUAUGAGGGAAUAAACUAAUAUUCUGUGCAUCUCUAUGUUUAGGUAAUUGAGAAUGAGACAAGCCUUGCUGCUAGAUGUCGAAGGAUCUAUGCUCAUGCGCAUGAUUAUCAUAUCAACUCCAUCUCGAAUAACAGGUGUGCAUAAUCUGUACAUUUGACAGAAUUAUGGUUGUAAAUUGUCAAGCUUUCUUUUACUCUGCCAUUUAAUCUGAGGAUAGUAUUUUCCCUGAAUUUUUAACAGGUUGUUCUACUUUUUCCAAAUUCUUAGUUGUCCUGUGACAUUAGAUAUCUAUAAAAGAGGUGCUUGUUACCUGAGAGUUAUGCCGGGCUUAAAGUAUUUAUAUUUAUCAUGAUAUGUCGUAUGGAGCUGACCUCUGAGUAGAAUCUGUUGUUUUGGGCUGUCUGGACAUAGUCUACAAGUUGGUUCAGGUUGGUCCGAGCCUCAGCUUCUUAGCGAUAAUCUUUGACUCCAAUCUACUAUUUUUCUAGCAACUUCACGAUACCAGUUUUGGCCAAUCUUAAACUUUAGUCAAACUUGAUCAUCUCACUGAAGACGUAAAUUUGCAUAGGUUAAUGUUAUCCUUUUUUUUCUUGCAACGAGUGUUGUUAUACUUUCUGCAACAAAUAUGCCACGUUUUGAAGCUAAUGUCUUGCUGUGAAGGCACAUGGUUGUGUUGUUGAAGUCAACUCUUUUUAUGUUGAAUAAUAGAUAAGUAUGUCCCAGAGAAUCACUUUGAAGAAAGGUUGAUUCUCCUGAGCUCAGUAUUUUUCUGAUGCUAACUUAGAUGUCGCAGACAGUCCUUUCAUCGUGUUGAAAUUAAGACUGAUGAAGACACGCAUGGUUGACUAUUAUUUAAUUCAAUUUUAUUUAAUUUAAGGCUUCAAGAAACGCUGCUGAGUUGUCCCCCCGGAAAUCAUUUAAAGGUCAUGACAACUUUAAGGAAUAGUUUUCUUUUAGAAAGGACCUUUUUGACAUCUAGGUCAGUGUUUGGUCUCUGAGAUAGGUAUUCACUUGUAGGACAGCUCAUACUUGCUUAUAUUCAUGAAUAUGCCAGGAUUGGACGGCAGCUGAUUAUUGUGUUUCUCCUUGUAACACCCAAUUACCUUUGGCGUUUUGUUCAUGCGCAUGCUAUGUAGGUUUCUUCAGUCAAUGAAUCGAGGUUGGAAAACUUUAUUUAUGGAUAAAACCCACGUUGUGAAAAUAGGCUGGCUUAUCCAUGACAAUGAUUGUUUCAUUGUUUUAUUUGGUGCCUGUUGGUUCUUAUUGUACAUUAGAGUCGUCGUUCAGGAUGCCCUGACUAAACGGAUUUUCACCAUGAAAUUGGUCCCUCCCUGUUAGCAUGAAACGCUUUUUGUUGAUCUUACUGUUAAAACCCAAUCCCCCCACUACAGCGCGCACACACAUCCCCAGAGAAAAAAAGAAGUAAAAAGCACAUUCACGCACACGCACAUGCACACGCACAGAGGUUUUUGAAGGGUCGUCACUAAUUAUAUCACUUUUCCAAGGAGGAAAAGGAGAACUCUUCAGCCAUCUGACCUCAUAAGAGAAGGUCUUUGGUGCUAAUUAUCAAGUGCCAUGCAAGAUCCAAGCAAUAGACUGUCAUACUCAUGACACGGAAAAGUGCAAAGUUUUCUUUUCUUGAUUUUCAUCUGCAUGAAUAGAGACAUUUAUGUACCGUGAAGAUAGAAGUAGCCCAAUUUAAUGCGCUGUAUCUUGUUUGAAAUAUCGUCCUGCUCAUCUGCUGUGUCAUACUUCCAGUCAAGUUUGAAUAUCACCAACGUUAUCCUAUUUUAUUUGCAGUGAUGGUGAAACAUUUAUCUCAGCUGACGAUCUACGAAUAAAUCUCUGGAAUUUGGAGAUAAGCAACCAGAGCUUUAACAUUGUCGAUGUGAAACCUGCGAACAUGGAGGAUCUUACUGGUAUACAUUUCAUGAGUUUUGAAUGAGAUCUAUUGUAUUUGAGUUUGUUCUUUGGCAGUUCAUUUAAAUAAAAGUUUCGUAACCAUAUCAGAUGAUUUCCAUUAAAGUUAAAAACACAGAUGCGAGGGGCUUUCUUAAAUAGAAAUUUGGUUGGAUUUCUUAAUUCUUUUUUGGAGGUUGGAUGUAGGAUUAGAAACAAGCAACCCCUAGUUAUAUGAUUAAAUAGUUUAACUUUUUCAUGAUAAUUUUUGUUAUCUUUGAAAGUCUGAUGGCUGUCGAUGUUGUUGUUUCCUUUACUGCACCGUGGGAUAUAUCAGAGGCAGUUUUUUUUUUUUUAGUCUAUUGCCUGUUUCUAAACAGUCCCUUUUUCCUUAUGGUGUGUUUCUAUUUUUCAUUCAUCUUUGACUUGGUGUUCAAUCUAAAGCACACGUUUUUACAAGUGUGUACAAGUUAUGCUGUUUUGUUUACUUGGUGCUCAUCCAAGGCCACUAUGAAAGCCAUAAUUUUGGAAACUCGCCUAUGCUAAGUUAAUGCUUGCUCUUAGACCCUGUUUACAUUAAUAAACGUGUUUGGCUGGGUGCCUUCCCAUGGAUGAAUUUGUGUGCGAUUGGGGCUUGCAAAAAAUCAUUUAUGCGUCAUUGCAUUAGCCAUUUAAAAAUGUGUUAUUUAUCAGUGCCCAUAUUCAAAGGAUAUCAUUCACAAAUGCAGUCCCCAACUGAGGAAGCGGAAUACUCAUUCGCAAAUGCAGCAAUUGGCAGAUGGCUGAUGUUCUACUGAACGUGAACAGGCAUUGAGCCAGUAAAAAAAUGGGAAUUUUAGAAAAAAAAAGUUACUUUUAAACGAGAGUUAAUGCUUGAGUUAUCAAAUAAUACAAGAUAUAUUAUUUAGUAUGUAUGUAUAAAUAAAAUAAGAUUUGAAUGUAUGAGUCGAUAGUGUUUACGUAUGAAAUAAUGUAUAAAUACUUAUGAUGCUAGUUAUCAACAUUCGCACAUGUGUUAUUUUAUUUAUUAAAUACUUUUUUUAGUGAUGAUAUGAGUAUCGACAAAGAGGAUCAUCCAACCUUUGUGAAAAUGAAAUAACUUAUCUACGUGUUUUCUUUCAUAAAUCAGGUUUGAAAAUUGAAUCGUCGACUCCUAUUCUUAUUGCUAUUUUUCAAGUUCAGGUAAGGUUCAUGUGGGUAUUAGAAUGAGCUCAGAAUCUAGAUUCGAGCAGGGAAACCCAAAGACAACCCUCCCUAUAUUUCUCUCACCUUCUUCCUUGUAUCUUCGCUUCCUCAUGACCUUAAUCUGAGAUUACCUCUGUUCGAAGAAUGCCUAUUACCCAUUUUUAAUGUUAUCACGACGAAUAGAAAGAAUACGGAGAACUUGAGAGCCCACAUCUUCUGUGGAAUUGGUUUAUAUACCUUUGUACGUUUACGUUUGUCUACAUAUAUGUCUAAUAUGAGCUCAAGGAAGUGCGAAAAGAAAAAUACUUGUCAGGAUCGUAUCUGGAGGGUUUCCCAAUGAACCUGUGAUAACAAUGAAGAAAAUAUUAAUGGCUUGCUUUGCUUGCAGCUUUUUUGAAAAUAGGGAGAUGGCUCUAACCCUGUGUUAUGACUAGAGAGAAUAAGGAGAGUGGGAGAGCCCUGUUCUCAAACAAUAUUGUUUUGCAUUUAUGCAAGUACGAGAAUUCAAAGAAGGGAAAAAAAGAAGAAGGAAAAAGUAGGAAAUAUGGGACAAUUGUCCAGCGAAUAUAUUAUCAUCUCUUAAGGUAUUUUAGCUGGUGAAAUUUAUCUCAAUUUUGACUGUGCACCUUGUCAAGAACGGUGAUACCCACCACUGUUGAAGGGGAAAAAAUCGCCAGAUGAAGUCAACAUUGUCAUCUGUUUUGACCGAUGUAUUAUACCAGUUUAGAGAAAAAAAAUGGUUUUUAUUUGGUAUUUUAGCCACCCUUGGAUUCUAGUGGAUUUUAAUUAUCACAUGAUCUUUUUUUUUAAUCUUUUUGAAUUUCGCAUAGAUGAUGAAUGUUUAGUCCUCCUUUUUUUUAUUUAGUUGUUUUUUAUUUUUUGAAAAGCUUAGCAAUAUAAUUUCCAUGUUCUUGGAAUGACAAGUCUUAAAGUCAGAUGCAUAUGAGCUUGACCUCGCAUAUUGUUGCAGAGGUGAUAACAUGCGCAGAAUUCCAUCCUUCCCACUGCCAUACGUUGGCAUAUAGCAGUUCAAAGGGAUCUAUCCGGCUUAUUGACCUGCGGCAAUCGGCAUUAUGUGACAAUCAUAGUCAGUUGUAAGCUAUUGCCUGCGACAUAUCCUCGCUUUGUUGAUCUUCUUAUGUCCGCACGCCUGCUUAGCUAAAGCCAUCGUUGAACUGCUUGAACGUAGAUUUGAAGAGCAUGAGGCACCUGGUUCAAGGUCUUUUUUUACCGAGAUCAUUGCCUCAAUAUCUGAUAUCAAGUUUGGAAGGGAUGGAAAGCACAUCUUGAGUCGUGAUUACAUGACUCUUAAGGUCUGUUGGUAGCCGGUGGAAUUUUUUUAAAAAUGAUUUUUAAUUAUUUUUUUAUUUUUAAGGCACGCCUUUUGGCAUUAGAAUUUUUGAUAAGUGACCCACAUGCCUGGAAUAAUUAAAUGCAUUAUAUUUCUUCUUUACUUGAUUACUGUUUGCAGGUGUUUUUUUCUUAUUGCAGUUUUAAGAAAGAAAACUUCAGAGCUUGUUAUAUAGUUUUUGAUUAGAAACAUGGACAUCUAUGCGAUGAGUUCACAUUUCUUCACUCUGUGAUCCGCUGACUCUCACCCUUCUUUCUCUCUGUCCUCAGCUCUGGGACAUCAACAUGAACUCUGGACCCGUCGCCACCUUCCAGGUCCAUGAAUACUUGAGGCCAAAGGUAUAUAUAUAUAUCUAGAGAGAGAGAGAGAGAGAGAGAGAGAGAGAGAGCCUUGCAGAGGUCUCUGGAGAAGCUGCGGCUGAGUUGACUUCUUCCUCUUUUGCAGCUAUGCGAUCUUUACGAGAACGACUCCAUUUUUGACAAGUUCGAGUGCUGCCUCAGUGGAGAUGGGCUCAGGGUGGCCACCGGCUCUUAUAGGUAAGAUCCAUGCCCUUUACACAGUAGAGCGUAGAUUCAGUUUCAGCAGCCAGCGAUCCCCUUCCUGUUCAUCCCGCAGCAACGUGUUCCGCGUCUUCGGCGUUCUUCCCGGGAGCACCGAGAACACGACCUUGGAGGCUAGCAGGACUCCCAUGAGGUCCGGCCCCUAGAACAUAAACUUUCCUCCUAUGGAAUAAAACAUGAUCCAAUUUGCUCAAACUCGGAACCAAUGCAGGAGGAACAUCCAGAGCCCCGCGAGGCCGGCAAGGUCUCUGAGUAACCUGACCCGGGUCGUCCGCAGAGGUCGGUCUUCCUUCCUGGCCCCAGCAGCAGAGCCUGGUUUUCUUACUUUAAAUUCUUCAUUGGGAGGUGAUGCCACCUUGUAUGUGAAUCUAUGGCCGCAGGAUCAGAGAGCCCCGGGGUAGACGCCAAUGGGAACUCCUACGACUUCACCAGCAAGCUGCUCCAUCUUGCUUGGCACCCGACUGAGAACUCCAUCGCCUGUGCCGCCGCCAACAGCCUGUACAUGUACUAUGCCUGA